AUGGACGAGACACGCGCUGUACAUCAGGACGAGAAACGAACGAAAUCGCUACCAGACACAAGUCCUCCACGUUGGCAUACUCGAGAGUUCUACUUUUAUUAUGUCUGCUUUACUAUUGUGGUACCGUACAUGUUCUAUGUCACCUAUCGCUUAAGUACAGAGGACGAUCCACACUAUGAAGAAUACAAAGACUUGCUAUCCGAGGGCUGGAUUCCCAAUCGGAAAGUGGAUAACAGUGAUGCUCAAUAUGCCACCUUUCGCGACAACAUACCGCGUCUCUUUGCCCUCAUGGUGGGAUACCUGUGCCUGAGUCAUUUAUACCGAAUAUACGUCAUGCCAUCGUCAUCAGCAGGAACCAAUCUACCCGUCAAACAAGCGCAUCAACCUCUUCAUCGCAUCUAUUUCUUUUUCGUAUCAGCAAUCAUUGUCCUUUGUGCAUUCCACGGCACCAGCGCAUUGAAAAUCUUGUUCAUCAUCACCGUCAGCUAUGCAAUUGGUCGAUACACGGGUGGAUCCAUGCUGAAUCCUAUUCUAUCUUGGACAUUCAAUCUCGCCAUCUUGUUUCUGAAUGAAUGGUAUCAUGGCUAUGAAUUUGCUUCCUUAUUGGGCCCCAGCUUUGCAUGGAUGGAUGACUACAAUGGAGUACAACCAAGAUGGCAUAUCCUUUUCAACUUUGUGAUGCUGCGGCUUGUGUCCUUCAAUAUGGAUUAUUAUUGGCAAGUAAAGAAACCACGGGAUCAAUAUGAGAAGGAUGAUCGAGUGGGUGGCCCUAUCAGUGACAAGGAUCGCAUUACCAUGCCAUGUUUCGCAUCCGAUUACAACUAUACCAACUUCAUUGCAUACGUUCUAUAUCCACCACUUUAUCUUUGCGGCCCUAUCAUCACAUUCAAUGAUUUCAUCUCCCAGAUCAGAUAUCCAUCUACCAAAAUCACUCGUCGUUUCGUUAUUACCUACGCUAUCCGAUUAGCUUCAGUCAUCCUUGUCAUGGAGCUCACGCUACAUUACUUAUAUGUGGUCGCUAUAAGCAAGGCUAAGGCAUGGGAUGGUGAUACACCUUUGCAGUUGAGCAUGAUUGGCUACUUCAACCUUGUCAUUAUUUGGAUGAAGCUAUUGAUCCCUUGGCGUUUCUUCCGAUUGUGGAGUUUGGCUGAUGGCAUCUUUACCGAAGAAAACAUGGUUCGAUGUAUGAGCAACAACUUUUCGGCACAGCGAUUUUGGAAGAGUUGGCAUCGUACAUUCAACCGAUGGACUGUGAGAUACAUCUUUAUCCCAUUGGGAGGAUCCAAGUAUUUCAUGUACAACAUGUGGCCGGUAUUCACGUUUGUUGCUUUGUGGCAUGAUAUUGAGCUCAAGUUGUUGGCAUGGGGAUGGUUGAUUUGUUUAUUCCUGUUGCCCGAGAUCAUUGCUUCAAGCUUAUUUACCUACAAAAAGUUUGGACAAAAACCAUACUACCGGUUCGUGUGUGGUCUCGGCGCUGUUGCCAAUAUCCUCAUGAUGAUGAUUGCCAAUCUUGUCGGAUUUUGUGUUGGCGUUGAUGGAAUGGUGGAUAUGCUGACACACAUUUUCGGAACGGUGGAUGGAUUAAUGUACCUUGUCGCGGUGACCGUAUGUUUAUUUAUCGCAGUGCAAAUCAUGUUUGAGAUACGAGAAACGGAAAAACGACGAGGUGAUCCCCGAUGGAAGAUGUAA